GGGGAUGGCGGCGCGGGGCCCGGCGCGCUUCGGGCCGUGGCAGUGGCUGCUGGCGGCGGCGGGCGCGGCGGCGGCGGUGUGGGAUGCGGGAGCGGACGUGUGGGUGGCGGUGGGGUACGCGCGGGCGGGGCAGCCGGGCUGUGCGGCGCUGGGGUUGGGGCUGUGGGCCGCGGGCAGCGCCGCCCGGCAGGCCUGCAGCUGGCUCUGGUUCCGCUCCGAUCCGUCGACGCUGCGGCCCGAGCUGUCCCGCCGCCCGCUCGCCGCGCUGCACCUCCUGCAGCUCGGCUUCCUCUACAGGUGCCUCCGAGCGCUGCGGUUGGGAUGGAGGCUGUGCCGGGAGGAGGCGACGGAGGAGGAGAGGGACCACAUGGCGUUCCUGACCCACGACAUCAGCAUGCUGCGCCUCUUCGAGACCUUCCUGGAGAACGCCCCGCAGCUCGCGGUGCUCCUCUACAGCGUCCUGCGCACCAACAAGGCUGAGCCUUCCCAGGGAAUGGGGAUCUGCACGGCGUUCCUGUGUGUGACGUGGUCCCUGCUGGACUACCACCAGUCGCUGCGCUCCUUCCUGCAGGACAAGUACGAGAUGGGCUGGGGCUCCUCCGUCAUCUACUUCCUAUGGAACCUCUUCCUGCUCUGCCCCCGCAUCCUGGCGCUCGCUCUCUUUGCCCUGCUGUGGCCCUACGGUGUGGCCGUGCAUUUCCCACUGGUGUGGCUGGCGAUGUUCAUCUGGGUCAGCCUGCAGGGCACCGACUUCAUGGAGUCGCCGGGCCCCGAGCAGCUCUACCGCGCCAUGGUGGCCGUCAUCCUCUACUUCAGCUGGUUCAACGUGGCCCCGGGGAGGACUCUGUACCGCAGCAUCAUCUAUCACAGCUUCAUCCUGCUGGACAGCACGCUGCUGACCCUGGCCUGGCUCUGGGGCCAUCCCCCUGAGGAGCAGCGCCCGUACCUCAUCCCGGUGCUGUGCGCUGCGCUGCCCUGCUACCUCCUGGGGCUGCUGCUGCGCGUCACCUACUACGGGUGGCUGCACCCCAACGUGCGAGCGCAGCCACGGAGCGGCGGCGAUGAGGUGGACGCUGAGGGAAGGCACGAUGGGGUGGUGGAGUUCCGCAGCAUCUCAGAGCCCUCUGAGCUCCGCAGCGUUUCAGGGCCGGACCUGGUGAACUCCCGGCUGCGGUGCCUCGCGAGGAGCCACUUCCCACUGUCUGCACUGGCAGAGCCGCGCCUGCUGAAUGGGGCAGCUGCUGUCUGAGGCUGCGUCCUGCACUCCUUGGGAUGGAGUUGUGCCUUAUCCAAGCAGUUUGAGUUGUUGGGGAGGUUCUGUUUGGUGCUUCCUAUGUGUGCCCCAGGCUGCAGUUCUGGCGGUUCGUUGCCACAGCAGGGAUGCAGGCAGGAAGGCUCGGGGCUCGGCCUGCACGGUGUGGGUGCACUGCUGGUUCUUGUUAUUUAUUGUUCACCUUUUCUAAACAAACAAACAAAAAAGCA